AUGGCUAAAUCCAUCAAUAAUCAAAGUAGUAACUCCAACCAGCUUCAGCGGUCCUUUGGCAUUACUUCCCAACCUAGCGUACUCGCAAGCUGCUACAGCGUUGAUGCUUUGACUUCCAUGGUCAGCGGCUUCCACUACUGCACCACGACGGGGGCCGGGUCGAAAAACCCCUCUUCAAGUCCUCCCCGCUCGCUAGCCGUUCCUUCGCCCGUAGGGAGCAGCUGGCCGGGCAAUCAAUUGCCUGAAUACAAAGGGGAGGCAACGUAUACCAUUCCGGAAGAGUGUGAGAGGCUCUUCUGCGACAAAUUGCGCGCGAUUUUCAUUGGUGAGAUGAAGUUCGCGCAGCAAGAGUCGCCUGGGAUGGAUGCGUACCAAAGCCGGCCGAACUGGACCGGGCGUGAAAAAAGGCCAAUUCGAAACUGGGUCGAAGUUUGGGACUACGUUGGCGAUGCAAUUUAUCGAGGUUUUUUGACUGAUUUGAAUGAUGAGCGGACAUUGUUCUUGUUCUUCAAAGACAGUGUGCUUGGCCACAAACUCAAAGCUGGCUAG